UGAUGGAUGAGAUGGAUGCAUAGAUGGAUUGGGGAAAAAAGUUGAGUUGCGCAUGAACAAUCCAUGAACUUGGCGAAGGAAAAGGCCACAUCCAUCCACUAAUCCCCUCAUCCACCAUUCCACCCACACGCCGAGCGCGAGGCGGAGGCGGCCGCGUCUAUAAAACCAGAGGCGCGCCUCGCCGCGCCGCGCCGCGUUCUCUUCCUCCCCGGAGUAGAAACCGCCCGCCAUUUGGAUCCCCCCAAUUCCCCUCCUCGCCCAAAACCCUAGCCGCACCCCCGCCGCGCGCCCUCCGCCUCCGCCUCCGCCGCGGCGUGCGGGCUCCGUCGUCCGUCGGCUCCUCGCCACUGGCGUCGCGAGGCGUCGUCACCGGAGGUAGCGGGAGCUCAGGGGACACGAUCUCGAAGGCGCGCGCCAGGACGAACAGCUCGAGCGCGCCGCGGGGGGCCUUCGGUUCUGAGAUAAAUCACCCCGUCCGCAUCAUCGACGCCUCCCUCCCCGCGCUUGGCGCCAGCUCGUUCUAGGGGGGGAAGAUCUCGGCGACGAGCAGCUUGGGCGCGUUCGCCUCGAUGGACGAGUUCAAAGGCCCAGGGGAGAAGGAGAAGGAGGAGGAGGCCGGGGACAAGGCCGCGGCGGAGGAGGCGGGGGACGGAUUCCAGGUGGUGCGCGGUAAGAAGAAGAAGCGGCCCAAUGGUGGUUCGGCUUCGGGUGCUGGGUCGGGGACGAUGAUGGCCAAGGACAAGGCGGCGGCGGCGGCGGCCGCGGAGCCGUGGACGAAGGCGAAGGUGUCUUUCCACGAUCCCAACAUUCCGCGGCCGCAGGAUGUGUACGCAAUCAGAGUGAACAACUACAACGUGCCGUUCGACCAUGUCUGGCUAGAGCGCACCGAAGAUGGCAGCCGCCCUAUCCACCCUCUGGAAAAACUGCCAAUGGAGCAGUUUAUUGACAGAAAUGUUCCUGAAAGUGAACCUGUAAAGCCAGCUGAUUUGGAGGAUACCCCAUUUACGCUAGUUGAAGAUAAGAAUGGUUUAGCAGACUUAGCUAAAAAGUUGAAGAGUGUAAAUGAAUUUGCUGUUGACUUGGAGCACAAUCAAUAUAGGUCAUUUCAGGGUUUGACCUGCUUGAUGCAGAUUUCAACAAGAACAGAGGAUUUUGUUGUAGACACCCUUAAACUUCGCAUAUACAUUGGUCUCUACUUGAAAGAACAUUUUAAAGAUCCAACCAAGAGAAAGGUAAUGCAUGGGGCUGAUCGUGAUAUUAUGUGGCUCCAACGGGAUUUCCACAUAUAUGUUUGCAAUCUUUUUGACACAGGACAGGCUUCAAGGGUUUUACAGAUGGAGCGAAACAGCCUAGAGCACCUAUUGCGUCACUUUUGUGGAGUCACAGCAAAUAAAGAAUAUCAAAACGCUGAUUGGAGGUCAAGGCCACUUUCUGAUGAAAUGAUAAAGUAUGCUAGAGAAGAUACACACUAUCUGUUGUAUAUGUAUGACUUGAUGAGGUUGAGACUGCAAAAGGAGUCGACAUCUGACAAUGAUCUUCUUCUAGAGGUGCAAAAGCGCAGUAAUGAAAUUUGUUUACAGUUGUAUGAAAAGGAACUGCUGACAGAUACAUCUUAUCUCCACAUAUACGGGUUGCAAGAACAUGACCUGGAUGCAAAACAGCUGGCUGUUGUAUAUGCUCUACAUCAAUGGAGAGAUUAUAUAGCUCGUGAAGUAGAUGAGAGCACUGGUUAUGUGUUACCAAAUAAGGCUUUAAUUGAGAUAGCAAAGAAGAUGCCUACAGAUACUGCAGAGUUAAAAAGAAUGGUGAAAUCAAAAUAUCCAUUUGUUGAUGAAAAUCUGGACCAAGUCGUAGGCAUCAUAUGGAAUGCAACUGAAUCUUCUUAUGCCUUUGAAAGCAGAGCUGAACAACUAAAGAAGGAACGUCUGGAGCAGCUAACGGACAGGGUUCAGACUAUAUCAUCACCUGAGAUGAAGACAUCUAUGAACUUAUCAGGCCAGAUUAGAUCAAUGGAUAAGGAAAUACUGAGCGAUAACAUACAUCAGCAGGUGGCACAGGCUACUUUUCAAGAACUGAAGAGACCUAUGGCUUUGGGAGCAGUAGGGAAUUCAACAUCCGGGGGACAGAGAGAUUUCUUUGGAGGGUUUUCAAAUAAGUCUGAGAAGAUGGAGAAGGCUAAAUCCUAUCCAGCCUUUUACUACCCCCAGCUUCCACAAUAUAGCCCUGAAGUUGGGUACGGCUUUCAAUCAAUAAACCGAACUAUGGCGGGAACAGCACAGUCUCCUACUGGCAAUAAGGAGAGGGAUCUCCAGAACCCUAGAAGACGUCAAUCUUUCCCACCUUCCGGUAACAUAAGUGAUACACACCAGUAAUUGCUCUGAUGUAUGCCUUCAAAUUCAUCCUUCUGUGCAGAAAAUAGCUGUAGAGAAAUGGAAACUGGGCUGUUUUUAUCCGUGCCCCCUAAUAUGAGAAACUAUGCCUCCCUCAGAUUUUUUUGGCUAGACUAACAGAAAUAUGAGAAUAGCCCAUAUCAUUGACAUUAGAUGCAGAGCAUGGGAAAUGCCAAUGUGGAUUGGCUUGUGUGUAACAACUGACAAACAUGUGCUGUGCAAUUGUGAAUACUGGAGUUGUACAAGUGGUAUACUGUAAUACUGUUAUAGCAUAGCAUCAGAAUACAAAGACAGAAAUGAACACAUAGCAUCGAUGUCUCUUUUCUUUAUUUUUUUCUUUGGACAGCAUGCCUUGAAUUAUUUGCCA